UUGAUAAUCAUGGCAAUAUUGGGAAAUGUUUUAGUAAUGGUUGCAUUUAAAAUUGAUCGUCAAUUACAAACAAUAUCAAAUUACUUUUUAUUAUCAUUAGCUGUUGCUGAUUUUUUAAUUGGAUUUAUAUCAAUGCCAUUAUCAUUGAUUUAUAUUGUUGUUGAUGGUUGGCCAUUAGGCUAUUCAAUCUGUGAUAUUUGGUUGGCCAUUGAUUAUCUUAAUUCAAAUGCAUCUGUAUUAAAUUUAUUAUUAAUAUCAUUUGAUCGUUAUUUUUCUGUUACAAGACCAUUAACCUAUAGAGCUAAACGUACAACACGUAGGGCUUGUAUUUUUAUUGCAUUCGCAUGGAUUGUAUCAGCAUUAUUAUGGCCACCAUGGAUAUUUGCUUGGCCAAAAAUUGAAGGCCGCCGUACAGUGCCUGAAUAUCAAUGUUAUAUACCAUUUCUUGAAUCAAAUAUUUGGGUAACAACUAUAACCGCUAUAAUGGCAUUUUGGCUUCCAGUAACCAUUAUGUGUAUACUUUAUUGGCGUAUAUGGCGUGAAACUGAAAAUCGUUAUCGUGAAUUAACAUCAUUAGUUGUUAUAUCACCGGCAACAGUUAAUCAACCAACAGCAACAAUUGCACAAACAGCUACAACAUCCAUAACAAAAUUAUCAACACCCACUGCCAGUAGUAUGGUAACUGGUUGUAUAACUGCUGGAACAAAUAUAGGAACAAUAUCAACAACAACAACAACAACUAAUAGUGAUUCACGUGGUAAAAUUAAAUUGAAAACUACAUCAACAAAUAAUAGCCAUCAUAUUAAUAUUGAUGAAAAUAAUAAAAGUAAUCAUAAUCAUCAACAACAACAACAACAACAAAACAAUCAAAAUUCAUCGAUUAAAAUGCCUAAACGUCCAAUUCAUUUACCAAACUGCCCACAUAGUUUGAUACAACGUAAUAAAAUUCGUACAAAUCAAACAAUUUUAUCCGCAACUACUACUACUUCUCAACAAGAAAUUGAUAAAGAUUUGCAACAACAACAACAAAAAAGUGGUACUGUUGUUCGACGAUUACCACAUGAUAAACCAUCAUCGAUUUCAAUUGUAGGUCGAACAAUGUCUCAUACAUCGAUUGGUCAACAAUCAUAUAUUGAACCAAUACCGAAAAUAUUUUCAACACAUGAUUAUUGUGAUGAAAUUAAAUUAGAAGAUAUACAACAUACAACCGAAGGAUUAGUUUGUCUUAAAUCACCUGCAAAUAUUAUUGAACAAGAUUAUGAAAAUGAAUUAUUUGAAAUAAAUGCUACAACGGAUUUGGACGGAUCAAAAACAUCUGAAUCAAGAUAUUUAUCAUUCUGGUCAUGGAUAUGGAAUCGAUUAACAUUUAAUCAUAAUAAUAGUAAACAUAAACGUUGUAGUAGUAGUGGUAGUAGUAAUAAUAAUAAAAGAAAACAAUUAAAGAAAAAAUAUUCAAUUCAAGAAUUAAAUUCUGAAUCAGGUAUUAUGGUGCAAGGUGAUUCUAUGAUGAAUGAAUCAACAACAACAACAACAACAACAAUCAAAUGUCCAGGUUGUGCAUAUAGAUUACGUCGUCAACGAAAACGUCGAUUACAAAAAAUCAAACAAAUUCAACAACAAAAAAGUUUAGAAUCAGAACAAACAAAUAUUAAUGAACAACAUCCAAUAAUGACAAUAGAUAAAAAAUCAAAAAAAUUUAUCAAUCAAUCAUCAUUGGAUAAUAUGUCAACAACAAUACAAAAACAAAAACAAAAACAAAAACAAAAACAUUCAGAAAUUAAUUAUCAUAUUAGAGAAAUGGAAUCAAUUAAUGAUGGUAAUCAACAAUCAGAUAGUUCAAUAUAUACUAUUGUUAUAAAAUUACAAGAUCCAAAAGAUUAUAAUGAUAAUCAAAGAAUUAUGAAUGAAUCAAUAAAAAUGUUACGAUCAAAUAGAUCAAAACGAUCAAUAUCAUCAUCAAUACCAUCAACAACAACAACAGCAGCAAUGAUUCGUCAAGAUUCAGAUCAGCAACAAUCAAUGUUGGAUCAAGUUUAUAUUGAUGAAAAUUAUGAUGAUAGUGGUGAUAAUGAUGAUGAUGAUGACGAUGAUGAUGAAGAUGAUGAGCUGGAUGAUGAUGAUGAUGAUGAUCUGAAACAACAACAACAACAACAUGAUACACAUUUAUUACAACAUCAACAAUCAAUUACAUCACAAGCAACAACAACAACAACAACAGCAACGGUAACAACAACAGCAACACCAUCAUCAGCAACAUUUACACGUGUACGUGCAACAUUUCAACCAAAAUCCGAACGUAAAGCAGCUAAAACAUUAUCAGCAAUUUUAUUAGCAUUUAUUGUUACAUGGACACCAUAUAAUGUUCUUGGUAAGUAA